GCUCGAAAGAGUUUAUGAUUUAAAGCUUUGAUAUUGCAUAUUUUUCAGAUGUCACACAGAUGAACUGAGCUUUUCUCCUUUCAAUCCUUCAUCAAAUUCAGGAUCUAACUUAUCACAGAUGUAUUUGAAAAACCCAUAUAAUUUUGGGAUCAUGUCGGUUGAUCCACUUCACUCUAUGGGAUAUCAAACAGGCAAUUCAAGGAAACAGCGUCGUGAGCGUACCACUUACUCUCGAGCACAAUUGGAUAUUUUAGAAAAUUUAUUUCACAAGACAAGAUAUCCUGACAUCUUUAUGCGUGAAGAGGUUGCUAUUAGAAUCAAUUUACCGGAGUCAAGAGUUCAGGUUUGGUUUAAAAAUAAAAGGGCGAAAUGUAGACAAUUACAAAAGCACAAUACGAAUAAGAUUGUCGAGAGUCAAGCGCCGAGCAGUCUUGUAAAAAAAGUAAAUUUGGCAUCAACAAAAUUAAAAUCGAAACCAUCUGUUGCAGUGAAUAAUAAUAGUGGAACAAAUUCAUUAUUGGCAGAAACAUCGGAUUUUAUCAAGGCACAAAAUCCUUUUCUGUUUCCAAGUGGAUCAACGAAAAUAUAUUCAGCGCCUUCAUCUUCACCUUUAAGCAAUCCCCCGGCAUUGUCACAGAAUCAUUCAAUUUGGUCGCCAGCACAUAUUGAAAUGCUUCCUGAAGUAACACAAAAAUUUCAAGGACAUCAUUCGAUCUCACCUUCGCUUGACUCUCCAAAAUAUCCAGCAAUCUCUUCCCAUUAUCAUCAUCACAACCAUCAUUCUCCACCAACACAUUAUGGAUAUACCAACGUUUCCUAUUCAAAUGUCGAUUAUCAUAGUGGAAAUCAUCAACAAGAAUCUGAAGGAUCUUGGGCAUUGAAACCUCGAGACGACAAUUGGUUGUACAACUCUCAAUGGGAAAAUCAUUUAAAGAAAUAA